UACAAUAUAAAAUCCUAUGAACCCUCCACAAUUAGUUCAUUGAAAUCCAAAAUAGUAAACUAAAAUAUGAUGAUGUCUCCCAGCAAAAUAUUCUCUUUACUUCAGUUUUUUACUCUUUCAUAUCUCCAUUCAGUUACUUUUGCUUCAGUCGAGGAAGCAACUUCCCUCCUGAAAUGGAAAUCAACUUUCAAGAACCAGAACAACUCCUUAUUUGCUUCAUGGACACCAAGUUCUAACUCAUGCAGGGAUUGGUAUGGAGUUAUAUGCUUUAACGGUAGAGUAAACAUGUUGAAUAUUACAAAUACUAGUGUCAUUGGUACACUCGAUGAUUUUCCAUUUUCUUCUCUUCCUUUUCUUGAAUAUCUUGAUCUUAGCAUGAACAACUUCUCUGGCACCAUUCCAACUGAUGUUGGUGAACUCACUAAUCUUAUUUAUCUUGAUUUGUCGAGGAAUCAGAUUUCAGGUACAGUACCACCACAAAUCGGCUCACUAGCCAAGCUUCAAAUCCUCCAUAUGUUUGACAACCAUUUAAAUGGUUUCAUUCCUGAAGAAAUAGGUCAUCUAAAGUCUCUUACUGAGCUAGCGUUGAGUUUUAACACUCUUAAUGGUUCUAUUCCGGCUUCAUUGUGGAAUUUGACCCGCUUGUCUAUCCUGCAUCUUAAUAAUAAUCACCUUUACGGAUCUAUUCCGGAAGAAAUAGGUUACCUAAGGUCUCUUACUGAGAUAGAUUUGAGUUCUAACACUCUUGAUGGUUCUAUUCCAACUUCAUUGGGAAAUUUGACCAGCUUGUCCCUUUUGUAUCUUUAUGAUAAUCACCUUUCUGGCCCUAUUCCUGAAGAAAUAGGUUACCUAAGGUUUCUUACUGAUCUGCGGUUGUACAAUAACUCUCUUAAUGGUUCUAUUCCUGCUUCAUUGGGGAAUUUGACCAACUUGUCUGUUCUGUAUCUUUAUGAUAAUCACCUUUCUGGCCCUAUCCCUGAAGAAAUACGUUACCUGUGGUCUCUUGAUCAGCUAAGUUUGAAGAAUAACUCUCUUGAUGGUUCUAUUCCUGCUGCAUUGGGGAAUUUGACCAACUUGUUCCUUUUGUAUCUUUAUGAUAAUCACCUUUCUGGCCCUAUCCCUGAAGAAAUAGGUUACCUGUGGUCUCUUGAUCAGCUAAGUUUGAAGAAUAACUCUCUUGAUGGUUCUAUUCCUGCUGCAUUGGGGAAUUUGAGUUUUAACACUCUUAAUGGUUCUAUUCCUGCUUCAUUGGGGAAUUUGAACAACUUGUCCCUUCUGUAUCUUUAUGAUAAUCACCUUUCUGGCCUUAUUCCUGAAGAAAUAGGUUACCUAAGGUCUCUUACUGAUCUGCGGUUGUACAAUAACUCUCUUAAUGGUUCUAUUCCUGCUUCAUUGGGGAAUUUGAACAACUUGUCCCUUCUGUAUCUUUAUGAUAAUCACCUUUCUGGCCUUAUUCCUGAAGAAAUAGGUUACCUAAGGUCUCUUACUGAUCUGCGGUUGUACAAUAACUCUCUUAAUGGUUCUAUUCCUGCUUCAUUGGGGAAUUUGAACAACUUGUCCCUUCUGUAUCUUUAUGAUAAUCACCUUUCUGGCCUUAUUCCUGAAGAAAUAGGUUACCUAAGGACUCUUACUGAUCUGCAGUUGUCCAAUAAUUCUCUUAAUGGUUCUAUACCUGCUUCAUUGGGGAAUUUGACCAACUUGUCUGUCUUGUACCUUGAUGGUAAUCACCUUUCUGGCCCUAUUCCUGAAGAAAUAGGUUACCUAAGGUUUCUUACUGAUCUACAGUUGUACGAGAACUCUCUUAAUGGUUCUAUUCCUGCUUCAUUGGGGAAUUUGAGAAACUUGCAAGUUCUGUCUCUCCAUAAAAACAAUCUGAUUGAGGAAAUUCCUUCAGCUAUUUGCAAUUUAACAUCAUUGGUAAUCCUGUAUUUGUCGAGAAACAACUUGAAAGGAGAAAUUCUGCCAUGUUUUGGUAAUAUCAGUGCCCUCCAGUAUGUGAUGAUGCUGUAUCUCCGCCUGUUUCAGCUUUCUGAGACUUUUGUGUCUUCGUACUGUUUUGUGGAAGCUUCUGAAACUCGAACAAAGAUGAAGGCCGACUCAAAAAAAAGGAGUGAAGGAGAGAGUCCCGAUUGA